UCUUGAAUAGUCAAACAGUGGACAGGCCGUGUGUUGUGUCCCAUGAUGAUGUGACGGUGGCGGUGGGAGGAAGGAGGGGCUGGGAGGCUGGUGAACACACACUGAUACACACAGACAGCAACCGCUACAGGGAAGAUGGAGGACGGUGUGGCAGCGGCGGAGCGGACCUCCAGCCUGCAGCAACAUCACCGCUGAAAGCAGGUGGGCUGAUCUUCCUCCCUGUGUGUGCCGAGAGAAGCCACCAAAUACUUUUAUAUUACUGCUGCUAAUAAGACCAAUACAAGUUCAGUGCUAUCUGAUACAAGACGUCUCUUCCCAGCAGCCCUUGUUUGCCCUGGCAUAUUAGAGGCUCCUGCUGAUGAUGGACUACUAAAACCAUUCUCUGACAUCGUUGGACCAACCAGAACCAUGAACCCCCAGGAGACGGAGCUUGGCCAGGAGGUGAUGGAGGAGGCUGACGCUCCCUCUCGCCAUCGCCACAACAACCACAGCAGCCGAUCUCGUAACCACAGCAACCAGGAAAAACGCUACAGACGCUGUGAGACCCCGGCAGGAGGAGGUGCUGGCAGCAGAGCCAGGGGACCUCCGCAGCGCAGGCCACAGGAGGAGCAAGACAUGCAGAUGCAACAUGGAGCUCAGUCUCCACAGUCUCUGCAGCCCCAUCCCAUUCCCCGAGCCGCAGUGACACGUUACCGCAGACAGGGCGACAGUGAGGCCCGCAUCAGAGCCCAGCAGCAGAGGCACAGACAGAGACAGCAGAGAGAAGCAGAGAGAGCACAACACUUAGCACAGCAACAGGAGAAGCAACACCACACAGACAUGACCCACGAGGAUGAACGAGAGAGGGACGAUUCAGUGCUGGCCCGCUCAGCAAGCACUGAGAGCGGUUUCCAUACCCACACAGACCGGGCUGAGGGAGAUGACGGCCUGGUGAUGAUGUCUCUGGAACCCGAGGGGCAGCCAGAGGCAGAGGACGAGGCUGGGAACUAUGAAGUCCAGCUACGGCCCGAGGCAGAGGGGUACACUGAGAGCGCUGAGGCUGAACAGCAACAUCUCCAUCCACAUCCUAACUAUCCUCCUCAGCCCCCACCCCUGCCACAUGAGCCUCUACCUGACAUCCAAAACCCCCAGAGACAGGAUGAUGCCGAGGAGAUGCUGAACACUGGCUAUUCCAACUAUGUCUACACUCAACCAUUCGGCCACUCUGGAGGAAGGGGUGACGUCUCAGCUGGUCAGAGCUUGGAGAGUUUAGAUGCAGGACUUGCAGACGAAGCAUAUUCUGAGCCAUAUGACAUUUACUCACUCUCUGAGCAUGUUUAUGAGGAGAUCUGUGAUGCUCCCACGUCAGUUUCUUCUGCUGCAGAUGGGGCUGAGGACACAGAGUCUCUCCAGCAGAGGAGGGCUGGCUUUCAUCUGUUAGAGGGCCAGGUGGGAGGUGGAGACUACCAUCAGCAGGAGGCGGUGGGCUCCCGUCUUCGCCACUACGACGAACGCUCAGACGGCGAGUCAGACAGUCCAGAGAAAGAGGCUGAGUUCGCACCGUACCCACGUGCCGACAGCUGUGACCAGGAGGAGGACAUUAACAACAUUGUGGCCGAUGUGAAAGAAAGCCUUAGCUCUCAGAGUCUCCAGCGUGCUGCGGAAGACACCAUUGAUGAAGAAAAUGAACUACCGCAGGGAGAAGAAAAAUCCCAACCUGAGUCCCAAACUGACUCUGACAAAAACCACAAAGCUGCCAACCGAGGGAAGCCAGCCAGAAAACAGGCUGUCAGCCCUUCAGAAGAGCCGGUGGCAGUGAGGAACAGUCAGGAGAAGCGGGACGCUAUAUCUCUGGCCAUCAAGGACAUUAAGGAGGCCAUAGAGGAGGUUAAGACCCGAACGGUGAGAUCUCCUUACACACCUGAUGAGCCCAAGGAGCCCAUUUGGGUAAUGAGACAUGACCUGAGCCCCACUGCUGAGUGUGACCUGCAACCAACACUGGGGGGAGAUUCUCCUGGUUCAGGCUCACCCUCUCCUCUUGGAGCAGAAUCAUCCAGCAGACAUCUGCUGCAGGAUGACAGCUUUGAAUCCUCUCCCUCCAGUAAAGAGUCCAGGAGAAGCCUUGCAUCAUUUCCCACAUAUGUAGAAGUCCCAGGCCCAUGUGAUCCAGAGGACCUGAUCGAUGGGAUCAUCUUUGCAGCCAACUACCUGGGCUCCACCCAGCUGCUAUCAGAUAAGACGCCUUCAAAGAACAUCCGCAUGAUGCAGGCACAGGAGGCUGUCAGCCGCAUCAAGACGGCCCAGAAAUUAGCCCAGAACAAGAAGAAGGCCCCUGAGGGUGAGCCUCAGCCCAUGACAGAGGUGGAUCUCUUCAUCUCCACCCAGAGAAUCAAAGUGCUCAACGCUGACUCCCAGGAGACCAUGAUGGACCACCCUCUGCGGACCAUCUCCUACAUUGCAGACAUUGGUAACAUCGUGGUUCUGAUGGCCAGGCGCCGGAUGCCUCGACCCGACUCGCAUGAGAAUGCUGAGGCCUCAGACCUUGGUCAAGACAACAAGCGCCAGUACAAGAUGAUAUGCCACGUGUUUGAGUCUGAGGAUGCCCAGUUGAUUGCCCAGUCCAUCGGGCAGGCCUUCAGUGUGGCUUACCAGGAAUUCUUGCGGGCCAAUGGCAUUAACCCUGAGGACCUGAGCCAGAAGGAGUACAGUGACCUGCUCAACACCCAGGACAUGUAUAAUGAUGACCUCAUCCACUUCUCCAAGUCUGAGAACUGCAAAGAUGUGUUCAUAGAGAAAGCUAAGGGGGAGAUUCUGGGUGUGGUCAUUGUGGAGAGCGGGUGGGGUUCCAUCCUGCCUACUGUCAUCAUUGCUAACAUGAUGCAUGCUGGGCCAGCUGAGAGGUCUGGCAGACUGAACAUAGGAGAUCAGAUCAUGUCCAUUAAUGGGACCAGUCUGGUGGGACUGCCACUGUCCACCUGCCAGAGUAUCAUCAAGGGUCUCAAGAACCAGUCACGCAUCAAGCUGAACAUCGUCAGAUGUCCCCCAGUGACCACUGUACUCAUCAGACGUCCAGACCUCCGCUACCAGCUGGGUUUCAGUGUCCAGAAUGGCAUUAUCUGUAGCCUUAUGCGUGGAGGCAUUGCUGAAAGGGGCGGUGUCAGGGUGGGUCACCGCAUCAUAGAGAUCAACAGCCAGAGUGUGGUUGCCACGCCCCAUGAAAAAAUUGUCCACAUCCUGUCCAACGCUGUGGGAGAGAUCCACAUGAAGACGAUGCCUGCAGCCAUGUACCGCCUGCUGACCGCCCAGGAGCAGCCUGUUUACAUUUAACAAGACAAAACCCUGACCUCACACACCCUUUAAACUUCAACUGUCACUCCCCAACCUGUCCCUCUCCACUCAGCCCAGUGCUUAUCCUGUAACCUUCUCUCCACAGGUGAUGGACCACAGUUGUUGGAAGGAGUGUUCUUCACUGUCUUCACUAAAAGAUCUGUUUUCCUACUUAAGCUAAGGCUUAAGAUAAUGUUCCAGGAUGUUUGUUCCAGGAUGUUUACACGUGAUGUGUUUCAACACGUGUGUGUUCAGCACUCUAUUGGGCUCCAGAAUAGCAAACUUGGUUCACUGUUGAUAUUUAAAAAUUUGGCACAUUUCACAAGUUAAAAGACUUGGGGGCACUACUGGGCACUAUAACUAGAUCAGUUGGUGUAUCUAAUGUUGAGUUUAGAUAACUAAGGCAGUUUGAUGAAGGUUUUGGUCAUUGUUAAAUAAAAUAAUAAUAAUCUUCUCUCA